AUGCUGUCUUCCAACGUUAUUCGUGCUUUUGCACUCUUUGCUGCUGUUGCAAAUGCAGGCCCUUGCCGCCCAUCAACGACUUCACCAGGCACUACCAUCGAAGCUACUUCGACCGCAACUGUCAUUGAUAGCACCAUCGAACUCUCAUCUACCGUUAUCGAGGGUGCCACAGAGACUGAGACAAUCGAUGUUCCCUCCACCACCACUGCUGUCUUUCAGGAACCUACCUCUACCACGGUUUUUAUUGAAGGAUCUUUCACUACUGAGGCUGCAAGCACUGCCACCACCGCCGCGUCUGGGGGUGCUUCUUGUGAUUCAGCUGACGAGUGUGCUUUCAGCGAUUCCGACUUGUGCUUGGACGGUUUGUUAAACCUCUGUGUUUGCCUUAACGCCAUUUGCGAAAUUGACGAUUUGGUAUCUGUUAUCGGUAAUCAGCUGUCUGGCGGUCAAAUACAACGCAUCGCUAUUGCUAGGGCUUUCAUUCGCAGCCCAAACGUCAUUCUUCUCGACGAAGCUCCCAGCGACUUGUAUACAGAGUCUGAAAAGGUGGUUCAGGCUGCUUUAAUAAAGACUGCUACAUCUGGAAACUGA